AUGUUCUGCAAAGUGAGGCCGUCUGUCGACAUCAGUCGCAACGGGGGCAUUUUAGCCGAAGAAAUGGGCCUAGGAAAAACGAUCGAGGUGCUUUCAUGCAUCUUAUGCCAUAGGUAUUCACGUGAUCGUGAAGACAGAGACGCGAAGGGACAAUCAUUUCGUGAUACUGGCUGCGAGUUGACUGAGAAUACCAAAGCUGCAGAUCUCCUAGAUGCCCCCAGCGACUGCUCGCUAAACUGUCUUUGUUCGGAAGACGAUUUACACCAGGAAACGGCUGAACUCGUACAAUGCGUCCAUUGCGGUACUUUUCAGCACCGAACAUGCGUCGCAUGGACGGACAGCGAUUGCCAACGGUACUGUUGUCCUAAUUGCUGCGUUCUUCAUCCGGGUAGCUUGAUGUGCAAAACGACGCUUAUUUUGUGUCCUGCAUCGAUUUUGAAUCAGUGGAAUGAAGAAAUCCAGAAACACAUUCGACCUGGCGCUCUGAGCUUCUAUAUAUAUGAAGGCGUUCGUACUGUGGGAUAUGUGCAACCAAAAACGUUAUCUGAAUACGACGUCGUUUUGUGCAGUUACGAAACGCUGCGUCAGGAGGCGCUGCACCUUUCUCUGAUAGACGAACGUCGGCUUCGCAAGAGGAAGCGUUUCACGUCGACACCGACACCGUUGACCACGCUGUACUGGUGGCGCAUUUGCGUCGAUGAAGCUCAGAUGCUGGGUAACGCUUCGUGUCGUGUGGCAGCAAUGUGCCAGGCGCUGAGCGCCUCAUACUUCUGGUGCAUCACCGGCACACCGAUGCAAAAGGCGGUCGUUGACCUGUAUCCGUUGUUCGCGUUCCUUCGUGUUCCGUUGCUUAAUCACCAACGUUUCUGGCACAAAUUACUGUACGAACCGUAUAUGUGCGGCUGCACCGCGCCGUUGCUUGAUGUGACCGGCCGCAUUAUGCGUCGUGUCGCCAAGGCGGACCUUCUUGACCAGGUAUGUUAA